UUUUCCUCAUUGCAUUUAGGAAUUCCUGGUAGAGGGCAGAGGAUGUAUCCGUGCGAAUGUGUUAGAGGGAAAAGCCUGGAGAGUUGUCAUUUGCUUUAGUCUGGAUAAAACGGGAUAAUCAUCCUUGGGUAUGUGCUUGUUACGUUUUCCCGGGAAUGCUUGUAUGGCAGGAAAGUGACCAUAAAGAAAUGAAGAUUCUCUGAGGGCCCGGAGGAAUAGACCAACUCCUCUGCUCUGGAAGAAAUGGUCCUCAUCAUUAAAUUGCUUCUACUCUCAAGUCUGUGGCCAGGGGCUGUCCUCAAUGGGUUCCAUCAGCAAAGACAGAAGGACCACGCUCAUCAUCAGCACCACCAUCACCAGAAAGAGGAGAUUCACCCAGUGCCCCUGAGAGACAGUCGCAAGAAUGCAAAUAAAAUGAAGAGAAUUGACAGCACUAAAGUCCGUCAGGUCAAAUCUGAACAGCUUUUACGGAUAGAUGACCAUGAUUUUGCAAUGAGACCUGGAUUUGGAGGUUCAGCAAUUCCUGUCGGCAUUGAUGUACAGAUAGAAAGUAUAGAUAGUAUCUCAGAAGUUGAUAUGGAUUUCACAAUGACCUUAUACCUCAGACAUUACUGGAAAGACGAGAGGCUCUCAUUCCAGAGUACCAACAACAGGAGCAUGACAUUUGAUGGAAGGCUAAUAAAAAAAAUUUGGGUUCCAGAUGUAUUCUUUGUUCAUUCCAAACGGUCAUUUAUACAUGAUACCACAAUGGAGAACAUCAUGCUCCGAGUGUAUCCGGAUGGAAAUGUUUUAUUCAGCCUAAGGAUAACUGUGUCUGCAAUGUGCUUCAUGGAUUUCAGCAGAUUUCCUCUGGACACUCAGAACUGUUCUUUGGAACUGGAAAGUUAUGCCUACAAUGAGGAUGAUCUCAUGCUGUACUGGAAGCGAGGAAAUGAGUCCUUGAAAACAGAUGAGCAUAUUGCACUGUCCCAGUUUUUUAUUGAAGAGUUCAGUGCAUCUAGUGGAUUGGCCUUGUACAGUAGCACAGGAUGGUACAACAGGCUUUUCAUCAACUUCAUUCUUAGACGACACAUAUUCUUCUUCGUGCUCCAGUCCUAUUUCCCUGCGAUGCUCAUGGUGAUGCUGUCGUGGGUUUCUUUCUGGAUUGACAGGAGAGCUGUACCUGCCAGAGUAUCCCUAGGUAUCACCACCGUACUGACAAUGUCCACGAUCAUCACCGGAGUCAGUGCCUCAAUGCCUCAGGUGUCUUACAUUAAAGCCGUAGACGUCUACUUGUGGAUCAGCUUUCUUUUCGUCUUUCUGUCUGUUAUUGAAUAUGCAGCUGUCAAUUACCUGACUACAGUGGAAGAAAGAAAACAGCUAAAAAGGAGAGGAAAGUCUUCUACGACACUGAACCUGGAGGCAGUGCAGGCCAUGGCGUUUGAUGGCUGUUACCAUGACAGUGAUGCCGACCUAAACUAUUCUUUGCAUUCUGAGGAAACGUCAUCUCGCGGGAGGGCCAGCGUGAGCACUCUGGAUGCAGCUCGAGUGAAGCGCAAGAAAUCGAUUAAAGGGAACGUUGGCAGAAUAAUCCUGGAGAACAAUCAUGCCAUAGACACUUAUUCCAGGAUCAUCUUUCCUAUUGUCUAUAUUUUGUUUAAUUUCUUCUAUUGGGGCAUGUACUUAUGAGAAGGAAUGAAACGGGAGAUCUUAUAUUCCGAAUGUACUCGACAUGGAAAAACACAGGAAUCCUGCACUCCGAAUUGGUCUCUUGUGAGAUAAUAUAUGAAUAAAUGAUUUCUUAUUUUCAUUGAUGGCCAUGCUGGUGUUGCUUACAGUGUAUUUCCAGUCAUAUGUUCAAAGUUUCUUGUAGAGAUGUGCCUGCAUUAUUAAAACGCUAGAAUUUUUA